GUUUCCCCGUUCAUAAAAUAACCUUUACCCAGUAAUGUACCGUGAUGUUUAAGUAGACCUCUGAUUGUGUCAUGAGCGAACGUGGAUGCAGCAGCAGGAGUUACUACGACAACUUCGAUAAUUACGAAUCAAGAAGGUCGUGUUACGAUAACAUGAUAGUGAGUGAUACAGAAGAUAACAACAGUGAUAACAACAGCGAGGUUAUAACCGAUGACGAUCGCAGUGUAGACCAGGUAUGCAGGUGUUGCGGUGCUGAACUCAGAGGGGCAAAUAGUUUGAAUUCCUUGCAAAACAGCGUCCUCUACGAUUACUUUCCCAACACUAAGCUCUCUGCUAACUGGGACGAGAGUAAUUUGGACUUGGUUGGACCCGAAGACUUACCACAGUAUGGAAAAUUCUUUCAGAAAAAGCUAGAAGAGCGGUUGACGCAGGUAAGUUCGCAUAUUAAAGUGGAAAAAAGCCGAAAAGAAGCCAACGAAAAGCGGCUGGAAAACGCGCUGAAAGAAAACGAACUUCUGCGGGACCACUUGAGACGGUUACAGACCAGGAUGCAUACAUUCCAGGACAGGAUGAGGGUUGGAAACGGAACUUCUGUGUGAAUGGGACCUUGUGAAAUUGUUAUUGGGGAAAUUAAUUUGUUACUGCGUUGAUUAAUUAAUAUUGGCAGAGGCACAGCUUUCUUUACAUUACAUUUUAUUCGCUGUUUUUUGUACAUACUCCGCUCAAAUGAAUUGACAGAUUGCCAUGUUUUGAAUUUAUAUCGUUGAUAUUGAAUAUAAGUCAUCAAAUGUUUUCCUAUAUUAUCGACAGCAGUGUCCCCUCAAUAAAGGUUACAUUUCUUUAAAUUCUUUAAAACAAUAUUUCAACAUCAUGUUUAUAACCGCUGUUUUUCAACUCCAUCGAAACGAAACGUUUUACAAUAAUUUCUAAAUUUGAAUGAAAACGUCAAUGUUUCUAAAAGAGAAUUCGGUCAAACUUUGUGAAGUUUACAAUACUUUUGCAUGCAGACUUUUUGAAAGCUUGGUAGUGUUUCGCAACCAUUCGUUAAUACUUUUCAAUUUGAGGUUGUUUAUUGAAAGAUUUUAAAAAAAAAGCUCCGAUACUUUAACAACUUAAAAAACCUCAUUUCUGCUGUGAAAUAUUUCUUACUUUUGUUAUACUUUAAGACGUAAGUACAAAGAUGAAAUUACGCAGGGAUUGUUCGCAUAGAAAGUAAGCAAGAUUACAGACCAUCUGUUAUCAAUCCUAAUCAUAGCCAUGUGCUCAAUUCUACUUCCUACUUGUAUCUGCAAUUGUGUGGACAUUUAACUAGUGUAAGAUUUCCGAAUCCUAAUAUGUGAACGAUCCCUUGAAAUGUGGGACAAUUAUAAAAUGUUCAAUCUGAUAAGGCAGGAUCAUUAAAAAUGUAAAAGAUGGAAAUAUUUCGACUCGUACUCUGAAUCUCGUAUAAAUUCCACCAACUUCCAGAACUUCAUUAUGUCCGUCCCCUUCAAAAUUGAUUUGGGUCGGAUGAAGUUGUCUUUGAAUUUGUUGACGAGUGAGGACUAAUCUAAAUUGUUCCAUCGUGCCAAAAAUAUUUGCUUAACCGAAUUAAUAUUUUAUUCAUUUGAAAGAUAAUACCGAAAAUUUAUGAUUUCAAUAUUUCUAUAAAGUUACCAAAUAAAU